AUGCUCCUGCUGGCGGUUGUCGAUGAGUACGGCCUGAGGCAGUACGGCCUGCAGCUGUACUUGCCGUCGUUCUGGGCGUCGUGCGCGCUGACGGUUUGUCUCACAACUGCACCCGGGGCGCAGCCGCAGGCACUGUUGGGCUCGCACCUGCUUGCUGCUCUGUUUGGUGUUUCCUUUGCCCACGCAACGGGGUCUCUUGCGCAGCCCAUUGGGCAGUUGCUGGCCAGCGCCUUCGCUGUGGCCCUCCUUACCCCUGCUUGCCUCUUGUUUGGUUGGUUUCAGCCCUCGAGUUCGGCCACAGCUGUGCUUGCAGUCUUUCACAAACAGGGGCGAAUGCACGAUGCGGGUUACAUCUUCCUUGUGACGCCUGUGCUGCUUGGCGGGCUCAUUGUAUUUGCUUGCUCGUGGCUGAUGAACAACCUUAUACCAUGGCGACCAGCAUAUCAGGUUUGUUGGUGGAUUCAUUGA